CAUCCUAUCAUCACUACCAGGCAACCAUUGUAAUUUCCUACCUAGACCCGCAAUCUCGAAACUUGUAAAACCGCGCAAUGGAACAGAAACCUCACAUCGCCAUCGUAACAACUCCAGGGAUGGGUCUUUUCAUCCCGAUUGUUGAAUUUGGCAAGCAACUGGUCCAUUUGCAUGGCUUCCAUGUCACCUGCAUAAUCCCCAACAUCCCAGGGCCUCUAACAGACACCAUGAAAUCAGCCCUCCCCCCAUCCGUAGACCAAGUGUUUCUCCCGCCGGUAAGUUUGCCACAAGACACCGGCGCCGAUACUGGAACCCUGAUUUGCCUCUCCAUAACCCUCUCCCUUCCUCUUAUACACAAGGUGCUAAAGACCUUGGCGGAGAGCAGCCGGUUAGUUGGUCUCUUGGGAGAUGUUUUCAGCAUAUUGGCCAUGGAUGUAGCCAAGGAAUUGAACAUCGUCCCUUAUAUGUUCUUCUCAUCCACCAUGGAAUUGUCUUUGUAUUUGCAUCAGCCAGAGCUGGGUGAAAUGUUUCCUUUUCCGGAAGUGAUUCAGCUCCCAGGGUGUGUUCCGAUUCCUGAAAGAGACUUAAUCAUUCGCGACCGUUCAAGUCAGCUCUACAAAUGGUUCCUUGAAAACUCAAAGCGGGUCCGUUUAGUUAAAGGAAUUGUGGUGAAUGCCUUCCUGGACUUGCAUCCAGCUGCACUUCUCGCUUUGCAACAAGAAGGAUCCCGCAAUCCACCCAUAUACCCAAUUGGACCACUUGUUCAGGACUCCUCACCCUUACCUCCAGUUCCAGGUAACGAAGAGCAACAAGAUUGUUUAAGGUGGUUGGACGAUCAGCCACGUGGGUCCGUCUUGUUUGUUUCUUUUGGUAGUGGUGGGACUCUUUCCGAGGUUCAGACCAAUGAACUAGCAUUGGGUUUGGAGAUGAGUGGGCACAAGUUUCUGUGGGUUGUGAGAAGCCCAAAUGAUGAGUCUGCAAGUGCAGCGUAUUUAGGCGGCGGACAAGGUCCUCCAAAACAUCCUUCCCAGUUCUUACCCCAAGGCUUUGUAGAAAGGACCAAGGGGCGAGGUGUUUUGGUACCCUUUUGGGCACCACAGCCUCAAAUCCUUAAGCAUGGCUCCACGGGUGGAUUCCUUACGCAUUGUGGUUGGAAUUCAAUCAUGGAAAGCAUCGUCAAUGGUGUUCCAUUGAUUGCCUUUCCCUUGUUUGCUGAACAAAAUAUGAAUGCUCUGAUGCUGACAGAGGAUGUGAAGAUAGCAGUGAGACCGAGAGCGAAUGAGGAUGGGCUAGUGGGAAGAGAGGAGGUUGCCAAAAUUGUGAAGACUCUAAUGGAAGGAGAUGAAGGGAAGAGAACCCGUGAACGCAUCAAGGAGCUCAAGGAAGCAGCCGCAAAGGCAGUUGGGGAAGGUGGGUCUUCCAGGAAGGCAUUCUCACAGUUGGCACUUGAUAUGAUCCAUCAAUCAAAGUGAGGGAUUAGGCAUUUACCCUUAAUAAGAGUCAUGUGGAACUAAAACAUGCGAAUCCCAAUUUGCUAAUUUAAGGCUCCCAAUCCCUACACUACAUGUACGAGCAUAUCCGUUUACUUCAGUUUCCUUUCUUCUUCUUCUUCUUUUUUUCCCAAUGUUUACUUGGGUUUUUUUACCAUUUAGUUGUAGUAAUUGACAAACAUGGUUGAAAAACUUGAAAUAAGGUUAUAAGCUCCCA